UUCUUAAAGCUGAAUAGUACUCCAUGGUAUACAUAUACCAUAGGUGGGUGGGCUCAUUGUCUGAAAGUAGCAAUAAGAAGGGAAGUAGAAAAAUCUCCAUUCUGAAAAUGAAAAUAUCCAUCACUUGAGAGAGUGAUAAGUGAAGCAUUAAUUUCAGAGGGAAGAGACACAUUUGUUACAGAAAAUUGGAUAAGAACCAGUUUUCCAAAGGGGUUGAAGUUACAGAGUACUUGGUUAAUAAGUGACCAUGGAUUAAAGGGAUUCAGGAGGUGGCAAAGUGUAGAAUAUAAAGUUAUGCUUAGCAGGAAGGUGAAGUUCAGAUUAAAAAUUAAUUGGUCAUUAUUUCUAAGGACACUAAUAUAGCAUAUCAGGUAUUUGGAGCGAUAGAAUAUAUACUCAGCAAAAUUUUGUCCAGAACUUGGUGGGGAACAAUAGGGGUAGGGUUGAAAUCCAAGGUCACUUCUGAUGAACAAUGUGCCUGGGACCAAGAGUAUAAGAGGAUUAGUCCUAAAGACUUUAAAGCAGAGAAAAGUCGGGCUGCUGUGAGAGUUGAAGACAGGGAGUGUGGGAGACUAGCCAGGAUCACACAGGUAUGCUACGUCUUCUCAGAGCUUGCUGCUGGGUACAUGUUUGCCUGAAAAAGUUAUUAUUCUAAGAGUGUGCUGAAAUGCCCUCUUGACCCUAGCUGGGAUAAGAUUGGUUUUAUCUCUUUGUGCUGGCUCUAAUAAUUUGUGGAAGACCUGCUAAUGAAUGAUCAAUUAAAAUUCACAACUGUUAAGUGCUGUUAUGUUAACAUAUGGGAGUGAAAACAUUGAACUAAGCGUUUUACUGAAGAACCUAGAAAAUAGAAAAGGAGAAUGGCAUUAAAUAUGAUAAAAGCUGAAACUAAUAUUUUGAAAACAGAAUAGCAAUAGAAUUAAAAAUAAGUACAAAUGUUCAUCUCCUUUAUGUUUUUCUGAAAGUUGAAAGGCCGAAGCUGGCAGGCUAAAUAAAAGGGAAAACACAAGCAAGAAAGAGUAAGCCAUAAGUACUACUGCAUUUAAAUAGGUUAUUAAAUGAAACUACUCUCUUCAAUACCUGGCUGAUAAAGUGUAAAAUACUGGUGGCAUUAACACUAUUCCUGAGAAAAUACAAAUGAGAAAUAUUGAAUUAAGGAUAGAAAACAAUGAGGAACUUUCAAAAUACUGUGGAGGAUGUUAAAAGGACAUUAUAAAGUGUAUUACUUUCCUAGGGCUACAAAAACUAAGUACCUCAAACUGGAUGCCUAAAACAACAGAAGUUUAUUUUUCUACCAUACUGGAGGCUAGAAUUCUGAAAUCAGUCUUCUAGAGGAGAAUAUUGAUAUUGUCUUUGCUGAAAGUUUGGGUAGCCCCAAGCAGUCCUUAGCUUUAGGCCUCUUCACUUGAAUUUCUCCAACAACUUUACCUAACAUUCUCCCUCUUUGUCAGUCUUCACAUUGGUUCUCUUUUCUGUGUGUGUCUCUGUCUGUGUCUUACAUCUUCUUGUAAGGACACUAGUUCAUCCUGGGUUAAGGACCUAACCUACUCCACUAUGAACAUGUGCAUGCGCUCACACUCUCUAAAUACAUUGUCCCCCCCACCCCUCACUGCUGCAGGACUUGCUAUUCACAGCACAACUUGGAACAAACUCUCAGACCCUUAAAUUUCUUCCAUUCUGGAUUACAUUCUUCCUACUUUGUGCUCAAGGUCCAUGACCAGGAUUUCUAGGGUUUCCAACUAAGACUCAUAGAGUGCAAGUCAAAAUGGGUACAUCAGCAAGAAUGGAAAGGCUCCACUAAAUCACAAAUCUAGAAUUUUCAUCUUUCCAUAUCUCCUCACUAGAUUCCAAACAAGAGAUAUGCUUCAUUCAUUCAGUAGAGAAUUCUGAAUAAAAUAUUGGCAAGGGAUAUUUAAGAGAAUGAUUAAAUAGAGUGUAUGUUGGACAGUUCCAUUUAAUUCAUAUAUAUUUUAUUUUAAGGCAAGUAAUAAUAAAUAUAUUAAGAGAUGAAUGUUGCCAAGCUUUCUGAUCAUUGGCAAGAAUGCUGUCCAUCCCAGUAAUGAGAGGCAGUCCUCUACUUCUAUGCUUGUGUUUAUAUGGGACUGCAUUAUGGAAGAUUUAGAAAGAGAUUUAUUGACAUUUGAAGGAUUUUAUUUUCACCGUAAAGCAUGUGAUACUGGCGUUUUAGAAAAUUUAGAUGAUUUUGAACUUAGAGAUGAUGAUGUCUUCGUAGUCACAUACCCCAAAUCUGGAACCAUCUGGGCACAGCAGAUAUUAAGCUUGAUUUAUUUUGAGGAACAUCGCAAAAGAACGGAAAAUCUGGAAUCACAUCAUCGUGUCCCCUUUCUUGAGUACUGCUCUAGAGAUAUAGAUUUUGCCAGUAGACCAUCUCCUCGUCUCUUCGUUACUCACCUCCCAUACUACUUGGUUCCAAGAGGGCUGAAGGACAAAAAAGCCAAAAUUAUAUACAUAUACAGAAACCCUAAGGAUGUUAUGUGCUCAUAUUUUCAUUUUUUAAACACGUAUCCAGUAUAUAAAGCCGCGGACACCAUUGAUGCAUUUAUGAAGCAAUUUUUGGAAGGGAAAGUGGUAGGAAACCUUUGGUUUGACCAUAUCAGAGGUUGGUAUGAGCACAGAAACUACUUCAAUAUUCAGUUCAUGAUGUAUGAAGAGAUGAAAAAGGAUCUGAGAAGCUCUGUGUUUAAACUCUGCAAAUUUCUCGGUGAAGACCUGAGUGAGGAGACCAUGGAUACUGUGGUGAGACAGGCCACUUUUGAGAACAUGAAGAAUGACCCACUAGCAAACAAUGAAAAUGCACUCUACUGGAACUUUGGGCCCAAACUACGAGAAGGCCAUUUCCUUCGCAAAGGUACCAUUGGAGACUGGAAAAAUCAAAUGACCGUUGAGCAGAAUGAAAGAUUUGACAAGAUUUUCCAAAAGCAGAUGAAAGACAUUCCAUUGCAGUUCAUCUGGGAUGUAAAUGAAACAUGGUAUUAAGCCCAGCACACAGAAUCCUAAGAAAGCACCUUUAGCGGGAAAUACAUUAAAUCUUACAUUUCAAUAUUUGACUCUGAACCAUGUUGAAAAAUCUCACUCAUUAAUGUUUAUUAAUACCUUUAUAUUUUUGCCAUCAGGAGAGCUUCCUAUGUCCUGGAAUUCCUCCUUUUCUGAUCCACUGAGGAUUACUCAUAUCAAUUUGUCAUAUAAUCAUGGAGAGCUGGACUCUUUACUUUUACAUUUACUUACAAACUGCUUAUGAUCUUCCUGACAUAUUCAGAAUUCUAAUUUUAUGUAAUAACAUUAGUCAAACAUUAUUUUCAUGGCUCAUAUGGUUUAUUCUUUAAUUUGGUGGACUGCUUUCUCAAAUGUAUUUAGGUAUCUUGGAACUUAUCCAAAUUUUAUUUGGUUAUUAUUCCCAUGCUAUAAAAAAUGUACUAACUUUUUUCUUCUUACAGAUGACUAGUUGAUGCUGCUUCACUUAUUGGAUUGUCCACCAUUUUAUUACUGCUUAAAGUAGAUGCUGUUAUGUUCCAAAAAAAUUGUGUGUACCUAAGUUGACUCUGUAUACAUUGCCCUGCUUUGAUUUCCUUUAUCAAAUCCAUGGCAAAUAAAUAUCUGAAAUAAUGUUAUGAACUC